ACUUCCCUCCUCUUUUAGCACAUUCUGGCCCACCAGGACAGCCAGAAGGGAGCGAGCCGGAGCGGAUAGAGAGAGGUAGCGGGGCAAGAUGGCGUCUUCUGCGCGGUGGAAUCACGUGUGGGUUGGAUCCGAGACUGGCAUCCUGAAAGGGGUGAACCUGCGGCGGAGACAGGCCACCAAUUAUGUGGCGGCCUCGGCACUGCGCCGGGAUGAGGGCGUCUGCGCCAUGUGCUGGGGGGACCCCUCCGAGUCCGAGAUCCUCGUCGGCUGCCUGGAUCGGUCGGUGAAGCUGUUCAGCACCGAGAAGGGAAAGUUCACAGAGUCGCGGCAAUGUCUGGGCGGGGAGGGCUCGUUCUGCGGCCUGGCCGUGCACGACAGUUCCAUCAUCACCUGUGUGGAGUCUGGUCUCCUCAAGGUCUGGCGGGAUGCCUCAUCUGAAAACAUGGAAACCCAGGUGGGGGCUGGCGUGUGCCGUAUGCGCCAGAACCCUGCCCAGCCGCAGUCUGUGGGGACAGGUGGGAAGGAGAACGCUCUGAAGGUCUGGGACUUGCACCGGCCUGAGGAACCCAUCUUCCGUGCCAAAAAUGUGCGGAAUGACUGGCUCAAUCUCCGAGUCCCUGUGUGGGAGCGUGACCUGCAGUUCCUACCUGGCUCUGAGAAGAUUGUCACCUGCACUGGGCACCACCAGGUGCGGCUGUACGACCCCAGCUCCCCACAGCGGCGCCCUGUGCUGGAGGCAACCUAUGGGGAAUACCCCCUCACAGCCCUCUCCCUCACCCCUGGUGCUGACUCUGUGGUGGUAGGCAGCUCGCACGGGGACAUGGCUGUCAUUGACCUGCGGCAAGGACGGCUGGUGAAAUGCCUGAAGGGCUUUGCUGGGAGUGUGCGCAGCGUCCAGUGUCACCCCACCCUCCCACUCGUGGCUUCCUGUGGCCUUGACCGCUUCCUGCGGGUACAUAAUAUCGAGGACAAGCACCUGGUACACAAGGUGUAUCUGAAGUCCCGGUUGAACUGCCUGCUGCUGACCAGCCGUGAGAAGUGGGAGGAUGAAGAACCUGAACCUGCAGCCCCCCAAGCAGACGUGAAGGAGGAAAAAGAUGAGCUGUGGGAUGGCAUGGAGACGGUGGCUACCAAAACAGUGCUCAAGCGCAGGGCGGACCCCAAUGUCCGGGAGACCCAGCUAGGCAAGCGUCCCAAGAAGCAGAAGAGAACGAGCGCUGGGCCUUGAGGGGGGCCAGUGGGGAGCCUAUGCCCCAGCCAGAAAGGAUAAUGAACUCGCUCCCCACCCCGGCCAUAGGGACUCCUGUCUGGACAAGGGGAGGGGAAGCCUCAUGUCUCUGCUGGCCAGAGGCACCAGCCUCUCCCCUGCUGCUGAAAGGGACUGGGGUGGAGCGGGGGUGGAAAUGUGCCAGCCCUAGCUGGGGUUGGCAGGGCCCUAACCUCUCAGAGAAUGCUGCCCCCGCUUGGACAAGGUGGGUUGAGCUGGGGGCAGUCACAGCCCACUGUGGGGCUGGAGGGCAGAGCUGGGUCCAUUAAGGCCCAUUCCAUUGGCCAGCAAGUGGAGCAGAUAUUUUGGGUAAGAGAUUUGGACCUACCGCCUGGACACCCAAGCUGUAAUGGCCAUCACACAGCAGUGUAAAAAGAACCUAUAACCGUG